UUCUAGGGCAGUAUAUAUGCGCUGGGCUUCCGUAGGACUGCAUAGUUUGCACUCAGAAGGCUGACAAGCAGUUCUAGUGAGAAACCAACCAAUCUACCCUCAAAAUGAAAUACGUAGUGAUCCUCCUUCUCGUCUGCGUGGCCUUCGCCACUGCCGCUCCCCAACUGCUGACCACGUGGCCCGGCUAUGGUGGCAUCGUCGCCCCAGCGGUCGCUCCCUACGGCAGGACCCUGGUAGCUGGUCCGACCGUGGUGAACGGCUUGGCAGGGCGCUACAUCGCCCCAGGCUACGUCGGCACGUACUACUAACCAACUACCCUCACUGGCUCAUGACUUCACGAUCUGUAAAUACUGACCUUUGUACAAAUUACAUGUAUCCGUUCUA